CGGCCCCCGGCGCUCUCACCGCUCUCCCCGCUCUCGCCGCCCCGGAGCCGCCGCCGCGAUGCCGCUGCGGGGCUGGACGCUGCUGCUGGCGGCCCUGCUGCCCUCCGUGCUGCCGGCACUGCUGGCCGCUCCUCCGCCCGCCUGCCCCGAGCGCUGCGAUCGCUCCCGCUGCCCGGCGCUGCCCGCAGCCUGUCCGGGCGGGCCGGUGCCCGACGCCUGCGGCUGCUGCCGCGUGUGCGGAGCGGAGGAGGGCGAGGCGUGCGGGGGAGCCGGGCCGCCCUGCGGAGAGGGGCUGCAGUGCGUGCUGCCCCCCGGAGCCGUGCCCGCCUCGGCCACGGUGCGCAAGCGGGCGGCCGCGGGGCGCUGCCAGUGCACCAGCAGCGAACCCGUGUGCGGCAGCGAUGCGGUCACCUACAGCAGCCACUGCCAGCUGCGGGCCGCCAGCCGCCGUGCCGAGCGCCUCCGACAGCCUCCCAUCAUCGCCAUCCAGCGCGGAGCCUGCGGGCAGGGCCAAGAACAUCCGAACAGCCUGAGGCACAAAUACAACUUUAUUGCAGAUGUGGUGGAGAAGAUCGCUCCUGCUGUGGUUCACAUUGAAUUAUUUCGCAAACUUCCUUUCUCCAAGAGGGAGGUUCCUGUUGCCAGUGGCUCGGGGUUCAUUGUCUCUGAAGAUGGGCUGAUAGUGACCAACGCCCACGUGGUCACCAACAAGAACAGGGUGAAGGUGGAGCUGAAGAAUGGGGAGACUUAUGAAGCCAAAAUUAAAGAUGUUGAUGAAAAAUCAGACAUUGCACUAAUUAAAAUAGAUUCUCAGGGUAAAUUGCCAGUUCUCCUGCUGGGUCAGUCUGCAGACCUGAGGCCAGGGGAGUUUGUGGUGGCCAUUGGAAGUCCCUUUUCCCUGCAGAACACGGUGACCACGGGCAUUGUCAGCACCACGCAGCGCGGGGGGAAGGAGCUGGGGCUGCGCAACUCCGACAUGGACUAUAUCCAGACAGAUGCCAUCAUCAAUUAUGGGAACUCUGGAGGACCCCUAGUAAAUCUGGAUGGUGAAGUCAUUGGAAUUAACACAUUAAAAGUUACAGCAGGCAUCUCGUUUGCUAUCCCAUCCGAUAAAAUAAAGAAGUUCCUAACUGAAUCCCAUGACAGACAAGCUAAAGGAAAAGCUGUAACCAAAAAGAAAUACAUUGGCAUACGAAUGAUGUCACUAACUCCCAGCAAAGCUAGAGAGCUGAAGGAUCGCCAUAAAGACUUCCCUGAUGUUGUCUCUGGGGCCUAUGUCAUUGAAGUUAUUCCAGAAACACCAGCUGAAGCUGGUGGCCUGAAGGACAACGAUGUGAUUAUAAGCAUCAAUGGACAGUCGAUAAGCUCAGCCAGUGAUGUCAGUGACAUUAUUAAAAAGGACAGUACAUUGCACAUGGUUGUGCGCAGGGGCAACGAAGAUGUUAUGUUAACAGUAGUUCCCGAAGAAAUCGAUCCCUAACUAGAAACAUGAGCUGGAUUUCAUGUUUUUUUUUCUUUUAACAGCAAUGGACUGCUUAUAUUCUCUCUGUGCUGGUACAGGAAACGUUAGACUUCUGACCAACAUUCUGCUUGUUCAGUGGAUUAGUAUUGGCCAACAGAGUAACUUCUACUAGGUUUAAGGUGCAAAAUCAGUGUAAUUUCACAUACUCCAGAUGAUAAUUUUUUUUUUUCCUUCUGUAUUAUGUAUGCAAUGUACUCUUUACUGGCUUUUACAUCCCCCGCGUAACGAAUCGACGUUUGCUUCCCUGUGUUGAGUAGAUUUCCCGUCAUUUCCGCUAAGACGCAAACAAAACAAAACCCACGCACACAAUGUGUGUUGUGGCAUUCAGGUAUUUAUAGGUUAGCUGUGUUUUAACUGGAAAUGCCAUUGUAAAGGAGUAGUUGGCUUAAAAGGAAACACAAUUGGGAAACAAAGUUUGGUUUAUAAACACAAAAGGAAUCCCAACCCAAAUAACCUCCCGAGGAUCCCGUGCAGGACUUUAAUACUAUGAUAUUUUCCUAGUGUUAUUAAAAGAAUUCAACAGUA